UGUUUUCUUUCUGCCCUGACAUGGGCGCACAGCACGUGUGGAGUGAGAGCGAGGACUGCCUGCCUUUCUUGCAGUUAGCGCAGGACUACAUCUCCUCCUGCGGCAAGAAGACGCUCCAUGAAGUCUUGGAGAAAGUCUUCAAGUCCUUCAGACCUUUACUGGGGCUUCCAGAUGCAGAUGACGAUGCAUUUGAAGAGUACAGCGCGGACGUGGAAGAGGAGGAGCCUGAGGCGGACCACCCCCAAAUGGGGGUCAGUCAGCAGUAAAACUGCAAGGGCACCUCUGCAAAAGGAGAGUGAGCCCUGUGGUACUCUUGGUGGGAUCAUGUGCUCUUGGGUUAGCAUUUUACAUUAGCACCUCGAAACAGGACGUCUGGCUCCCAGCAUCCAAAUUCAAAUGAAAUACCUUUUUCAUGACCACAAAAUAUCUGUGAUGAGCUUUGGUCAGAAGUGACCUGAAUUUCAGUCCCACUUCAGUGGGUUUCUAUGGAGUUGUCUUGGUAGCCUUUGCCACUUUGAAUCUAGAGUCCAUUUUUUGGCUGCCUAUUCUCUCUUGAGUUUAUGUUGGAGAAUUAACAUUCACUGAUUGGAAUGUAGAGAACUCUGAAUGUAUUAAGGGUGUGUUUUGAGUCCUCACAGGUGACCUCGCUGAGGAAAACCAUGGCGGAGAGGAAAAGCAGUCUGCACUUUUUAUGUACCCUUAAGUGUCCGUAAGUGAAAGGUUUUGCUUCUAAAGCAUGAGUUUUAAAAUCUAGUCAUUAAACUGCACAAAUGCAAAGGCAAGGGCAGAAGAGGAGGAUCACUUAGCUUUGGAUUAAGAGGGCAGGAGAGGCAGAGAAGCCAUGAGAGUUUUGCCAUUAGUACCUGCAUAUGUAGCAGCUGGUUUCCUGAAUAGGAGUAAAUGUUACUUCCUUGUUCAGUUGUUUGAAAAUAUGCUAAUUCCAAAGCUACUUUUAAAGUCUAAUAGUGGAAGAUAUAAAUGGAGUGAAAUACAUAAAUUAUUGACUUCUUUCAGCUAUUUAUAAAGCGUCCUACAUAUGAAAUCAAACAUUUAUCCCUUCUCUUUCUAAUGAGGUGGAAACUUGUUAAAUUGUGAAAACACCUACAAUCCAAGUAAGUGCCACUUAAAUUUUGAAGCCAUAGAUAAAUUUAAUAGGAAAAUAAACCAGGAUAAAAAAAUUUUUUAAAUACAGUGGAAUUCUCCUUUACUUUCUUAAUCUUUUAUUCUUUAAAAAUGAAAAGUCAAGAAAAGGCUCCUGUUACAUUAUAUAGUUAAAGUUAUAAUCAAGUACUUUUGAGGGACCUAAUGGCAGUGAAUUCUUUGAGUGCUAUGAAAGUAGGAAUUUUAAUCAUUGGGUAGCUGGAUUGAAAGGGGGCAUUUUAAUGAUGAAGAUACUCAGAUAACUCAUGGAGACAAUUGCUGUCAUUUAGUGAACAGAUAUUUACGGGUACAUCGUUUGCAACACUAAUAUGGAAUUAUUUGCAACACUUAUUUUCUUGGACCUUUUCACAUCUUUGAUUCUAAUACCUAAGGAUGUGGUGCCUCCUUUAUAGCACUUGAUUAUUCCUAGCGUCUCGGUUGGGGAUGUCUUAAUCAUGCACACUGGUGCCCAUUAGGUCAUCAGCAUUUUGAAUUUAAAAAAAAGAAAAACCAGAAGUAGCUGAAGCCACAGAACUCAUGGGAGUCUUGUAUAUCUUCCAGGCAUGUCAUGUAAACCUGAUCGUCUCAGCAUUUUCUGUUUGAGUGGUGCUGUGGGGAGUUCAGCUGUUCGUGGUCGAAUAGUGUACUGCAGUGUUAAGUCCUCGGGUGAAACAACACAGUGAUUUCCAUCUGUGCUUUAGUACCCAUGUUUUCUUCUUUGCUUAGAAAACAUGAACAGUUAAUUUCAAGUUAAAUGGAUUUCUUUCAAGUAGCCUGUUAGCAGAACUCAGCCUGGAGUGAGUGGACCCCACCCUUUGCAGCCCUGCUAUGUUCCCACUGGCUCUUGCUCUCCAGCAAAGAAGGCUGAGCUCUCCAGUCUGUAGCUAUUGCCCAGUUUGUAACCUCCAUUUUUACACAAUAGGAUGCAAGAAUGCCUUCUGAAACAGAAAUGAAGCUCUGCUAGCUUGCAUUCUAAGGUAAACUGGAAUGUUAUACAUAGAGGCUUCAAAUCUAAAUUCACGUAUGUUUGGAAAUGGAAUGGACGUUAAUAUGAUGUAUUUAUUCAAGAAAGUAUUUAGACUUUGUCCAAUACAUUUCGGCAUUAUCAUGUUGAUAUUCUCUAAAUAACAACAGAAUUGAGGUAGACUGAGCCAUUCAAUGAGCUAAUGAAAAUUCCAGGCUUUGUUCUACUGCAGAGGUACAAAGAGACAGGGACGGGGAUGAGAGGGGAAUAGAGGGAGAGAGGAACCCUGGACGUGACUUAUUUUCCAUGGCAGAACUCCAAAGUCAUUAGCAAAUCUAAUUGUUUUCUUUCAAGCUUCCUUUUCUUGAGUGGUGUGCAUGAUUCUCCCAGUGCUCCCAUUCACAUGUGUGCCCACACGCGUGCGCACGCACACACGCACACACACACACACACACACACACACACUGACUUACCUACAUUUACCACAUUGUGGCUACUCUUUCUGGAGCUGUGAAGCAAGACCAUCUCAUGAGGUCAGAGAGAUUGGCAGCCUGUAGGUUGUUUUGGAAAUCGUUCCUAAACUGAAAUAUGACCUUUCCCAAAGGUCCAGACCAGAGUCAUUUACCAGGAGGCAAUGAUAGUAUGGGAGGAACAUCUACUGGAAUAGGAAGAACAGCUGUGUCCUAGCCCUGACUCUGCCACUGUCUGCAUGACUGUGAGGAGUGACUUAACUAGACUGAAUCAGGGCCCUUUGCCCUUCUGGAAUUAAACACUCCUUCUGUGCCUGCCUUGGGAAGUAUGUGUGCAUAGGAGUAACAGUCACACAGAGAGCCAGGAGCAAGAAAUACAUUCGGAAUCUUGCCAAAGAUGCUGUCUUUAGGAUGAUGGCCACCAAGCCACUUUAGAAUGUGUUGGCCUGUGAGCAUCCAGCCCCGGAGCCUGGACUGGGCCCAAUCAGUGCAGCUAAUGGGAGUUUGUCCCUCUUAGGAGAAGGCGAAGGGAGGCCCCAGAAGAUGUACUUGUCUUGACUGUCCCUGCUUCAUUUGCAGAAGGUAGAGCUCUUCUUGGUGCCCUGACACUGGGGGCUUUUUGGUAUGGUGGACAUUUAACUUUUUGGUAUGGUAGACAUUUAACUCUGUUUGGGAGAAUGUGCAUGAGACUAGCUGGAAAAGAGUAAAAUUUGAGUACUUUGACUUUUUUGUCCUGUCAUUCAGGAGAAAGAAAGUGACAGUGAAAGUAAAGUCAGAGAGUGAAUGGGUGAGUGUGUGUAGGAGAGAGAACAAGGUGUUGGUGAUCGAUGGCUUGUUAAUCACUGUGGCCAGCUGUGACAUCUGAAAUCGUGCUUGUGAGCACACUACUAAGCCUGGAUCAUGGUGUGAGUGAGCCAUGGAGAUGCUCUUCUCUUGGCUGCCGGGCUCCUUUGCUCUGCCCAGUGAUCACAGUGUGCAGGCUUCAGGGAAUUGGUCAUUUGCAGAGCCAGGGAGAGAGGCAAAACCCCAUGCAGUGCCUGGCGCUGCUGUGAGUUCCGCUCACAGAGGUUCGGUGUGUAUCACCCAGGCUCACAGCAAUACAUGGUGCAUUUUAUUUUCCCAUGACCAAAACACAGAAAGUCCGUUAUGUAGGGUGCUUCUCUUUGUGUCCUGGUGCCAGAAUUGGAUUUCUAGUGUACUUAAGUGAAAACCUCUCUCCUCUAGUCAUGAUUGGCAUCGUUUGUGUACAAGUAGAAGCUGUUCUCUAGCAUAAUAUGUGUCCCUGGAUAUUGUUCCAGUUUUAUGAGAGCACAGAGUGUAUGGUCCUAGGAGAGCUGUGACCCCAGAGUGUCACUGUAAUGUAUAUUUUAGGAACCUACUUUGCAUGUUAAAAUUUAUGGGUUGGAAAACUGACACAAAUCUGAUUAGCCAUAGUGAGGGGAUGUCAGACAGGAUUUAAUCUGAGUGUGAGAAGAACUGGGGCUGGGGAGAGUUAGGUCAUAAGUCACAUCUGACUUGUGAAAAACGAAAAA